AUGGCUGCAGGGCCGCUGGAGCUGUGGAACCACCAGUCGAUGCAGAUCCUGGUCCUCCUCAGCUUCGGGCUCCAACUCGUCCUCUUUGUCUUCGCCGGGGUCUGCCGGCGUGAGGCCCUCCUGCCGAGGCUCCUCCUGUGGCUAGCGUACAUCAUGGCCGACUCCACCGCCGUGUACGCCGUCGGCCACAUGGCGUUCAGCAGCGUCGUGCGGCCCGUGCGUGAGCAGCAGCUGGUUGCGUUCUGGGCGCCGUUCCUGCUGCUGCACCUCGGCGGCCCGGACAACAUCACCGCCUACGCGUUUCAGGACAACCAGCUCUGGCUCCGUCACCUCCAGAUCCUCGUCGUGCAGGUCCUCGGAGCGGCCUACGUCCUCUACAAGCACAUCGCCUUCGCCGGCGGCGGCCAGGACGGGAAGCUGCUCCGGAUCGCCUCGUAUUUGAUGUUCAUCGUCGGCGUUGUCAAGUACGGGGAGAGGACGUGGGCGCUCAAGUGCAGCACCCUGGAGAGCAUCCGCGCCUCCAUCAAGACGCAGCCGCCGGCCAUACACAAUCAUUUCCACCCUCAGGACGAUGCCACGGAUGAGGAGUUCCACUUGCGACGAGCACACACGCUGUUCCACGUCUGCAAGUUCACCAUCGUCGAUUCCUCGGUGGUCGAGCACGAGGAUGACUCCAUUUACGGACUGCAGGUGUACACCAGGAAGUUUAUACAAGGCGUCGAGCUGUGGACGCUGAUGGAGAUCGAGCUGUCCCUCAUGUACGACCUGCUCUACACCAAGGCGGCCGUGGUCCACACCUUCUUCGGCUACCUCGUCCGCGUCGUCUCGCCUCUUACCGUCACCACCUCGCUGCUCCUGUUCCAGUUCACCUCCAAGGACGGCCACACCAGAGUCGACGUCGCCAUCACAUACGUCCUGCUGGGUGGCGCCGUGUUCAUGGAGACGACGUCGCUCCUGAACGCGUUGGCAUCGUCUUGGAUGUUCGCGUUCCUGACCGCCACCAGAUGGAGCUGGCUCCGGUACACCGCCCUGUGCAACGAGAGAUGGGACAGGCUCCGGCGCGCAGUUGUGUGGCUUCACCAUCUCGUCCAGGGUGAUAGCUGGUACAAGUCAAGAAGGUGGUCCUACACCAUCGGGCAGUACAACUUGCUGCACUUCUGCACGCGCCCCGCGGACACGCUGCUCACUAGCCCUCUGCUCGGUAGGCUGGCCGGGGUGCUGGGAUUCAACGAGUGGUGGAACAGGAAGCACUACUCGGCGACCGUGGAGAUGACCGAUCCGAUCAGGCGUCAUAUCCCUGUGUACAUGACCCGGCUGUACAGUAAGGGGAAGUUCAACACUGGCAUGCUGAGGAAGAAGUGGGGCGAGUAUCCUCUAGACCGCCGUGGACUUUACCACAAAGGAGUCCUCAAGGACUGCCUCGGCGUUGAGUUCCAGGAGGGCAUCAUCAUCUGGCACAUCGCCACCGAGGUGUUCCUCACCAAGAGCGAAAGAGCCAAGGCCGGGGACGCUGCACCUGACGUGCACGCCAUCAGGGUCAUGUCCGACUACAUGAUGUUCCUCCUGGUGGAACGUCCCUACAUGCUGCCGGGCCAGUCCCAGAAAAGGUUGUACGAACGGACCUGCGAGAGGCUGGUCACCAUGGGAUCGGCUGAUCCUAGGUACCCUAGCCGUAAACGCGUCUUCAAGGACCUGUUCCGUCUACAUGAUGCUCCUCAUUCCAGUAUUUCUAGGGUCGCCGAGAGGGAGGAGCUUGUCAACAAAUUGUACCAUGAGUACAAGAACAGGGAGAUCAACCCCCUUGCUCCUCGUCUCGCUCACAUGGCUAGGCUCGCCAAGGAGCUGCUAGAGAAGGAGAAGGAUGGGACGGUCGACUCCUUGGAGCUUGUCCUUGACGUGUGGACGGACAUUCUCGUCUACGCCAGCAACAAGUGCACCAGGGAGUCCCAUGCCCAGAAGCUCACCAGUGGUGGUGAGGUGACGACCGUCUUGUGGCUUAUGGCAGAAUACAUCUACCAAGCAUCGAUUGCCCAAAGAGACGAUCUAACUGAAUAG